UGGCUCGUUUCCGGCGCGGCCCAAGGAGGUCGUUUGGGAGCGAGCGCCUGCCCGACUGACGCCUGCGCACUAGCCCGGUCCGCGGACGUUAGGCCGUUGCAGAGACGCUGUCGGAUUCCGUGACAACAGCUCGAUUAAACACUUUUGUUCUUAAUUGUUAGUGAAUCUAUGCUGUGACUUGCACUGAGGCUCCGGGAGAGUGUAAGGGACGGUUUUCCGGCUGUUUCCUCCUCCGCCGGCACCUCCGAAGGCAGCCCCGAUUGAGGGUUGCUAUGGAGCGGAGUCCUGGGUUUCCAUGACGAUGCGCAGGCGUUCCAGGGGAGGGCCGGGCGGCCGGAGGCCUGGCGGGAAACACGAUUUGCCGGACAAUUUGACAGCCUGAAGGUCCUGGUACGACGCCGAUUUACUUUUAAAUUAAUUUGAGGAAUAUUUCAAAUUACUAAAGAACGGUAGGAGGCUCGCUCUCGCGCGCCCUCUCCCUUUUUUUAAAAAACUAUGUCUCUUCAGAAAAUACCGUCCGCAUCUCUGAACUCCUUAUCAUCUGAGGCCAAAAAGUCAAGAGUCUCUGUAGUCAAGGAGGAGACCCGAGGACUUCCUGAACUAAGGGAGCAAAAAAGUAUGGUGGGUCAUUCCAAACCCCUUCCUACUUCCCUUCAGAAUGAGUUCAUCCCCGAGGAGAUUCUGCUUUCUCUGACCUAUGCAGCCAAUGCCGGUCCCUGUCCUGAAUAUUUACUGCCUCCUAAGAAAACUAAAACUCCAAAGGGUACUCUUCCACGCCCUGUAGACCAUGUCUGGCAGCACCCUAUUCGAAGGAAUAAAUUCAAAUACCUGAUUGACCAUCCUGUCUCCCUGACAGGAGCUGCAAGGGACAUUUCUUUUCUGUAUGACAUAAAACGUGUAAAAGGAGAGAUUAGAGAGAAUGUAGUUUGUCCUCCACGUAUGGACCGUUCAUUAGAGUCACAUGAUGGUGCCAUGGUGCCUCAUAAGCCAAAGACAUUAACAGAUACUUUGAUUCCUGAAGAAUUUCAUAUCGUUUCAAGUACAGGAGUUUCAGGUUUGGAGUGUUAUGACGACAAAUAUACUACUCUCCUGACAGAUAGUGAAAACAGGCUGUUACUCUUCCCAUCCAUGAAACCUAAUAAAAGAGUAGAAGUGAUCAAGCUGAAUGAUGUGAUGGAUAUUAUGCUGGAGAGGGCUGGUGUAGAAAAUGAGGAAUAUAGAGGACCAACCAAGAUGCACCAGCUACUACAUAUUUUGAAGAAGGAGCAGACAAUUUACAAUACAGUCUUUCAUGAACUUAUUCGGCAGGUCAGUGUGGACUGUGCAGAUAGAGGAGAACUGCUGUCCAAAAUCAGAGAGAGGUAUGUGCAAAUGCUUGACCAGAUUGCCCAGGAGAUGAUUGACUUCUACAAAGACUUGGUAGCUCAGCGAAUGAUGGACCAGCGCAUUUUAGAAGAAUUGUAUAAUUUCAAGAAUGUUAUUGAAGAACUGACCAGGGAACUGUGUCUGGUUCGGGCGCAGGAUAUUAAAUUAACAGAGGAAGCAGAGAAAGCCCACAAAGAUUUAGCACAAGCUCUUUUAGAUGCUGAAAAGAAUGCUAGAAUUGUAGAAGAAUACCAUGACUUAUAUACAUUACAAAGAGGAAGGAUGGAGAAUGAUAUUAAACAGUUAAUGGAAGAAAGAGAUAUAUGGAGCGCAGCUACAUAUGAAUUGGCCCUGAAGGUAAUUGAAAGAAAUAGAGUCAUUUUGGCUAAAAGACUCUACCUCAAUGAAAAAGGUUGGAAUAAAUAUGCAAGGCAUUUCAUCAUAUUGCUGUCAAACAAGGACACUGUAGACCUUGCAGUGUUACAGAAGUUGACAGUGAAAUGGAAAAUCUCAAUGAACAAAUUUAAAAAGGAGGCAGAACGAAACGAAGAAUCUACAAAGGAGACAUUGCAGAUAAUUAAAGAUGGCCUUAUCAAAUGGCAGCAGUUCUUCAUAAAUAAUGCAAAAGACAUUUUAUCCUCAAAUAAGGGAAAUUUAUGCAAUUUAGUUCUUUCAGACUUCAGGCAAUGGCAAAGGAUGCUGGAUGAACAGAAGGAAAAGUAUACUGGGGAUGCUCUAAUGUCAAAACAUGAUACCCUCAAGAUUAUUAAACAUUUACAGGAAAACUGGGUGAAUAUUGGGCUUGGAAUUUUUAGUCGCCAUAAAAAUAUGGAGGGGGAGGUGCCACCAGAGCGACGGGACAUGGAGGACAUUUUGAAAAGCAUAGGAAGACUCUACAAAGAAUAUGAAAUAAGAAUAAGUGGAGAUAAUGGCAUCUCUAAAAUGAUUCCAAAUUUGGUUGGUACUCUUGAUUUCUGUUGUUACAAGUUGGAAAAUGUGGAGUCUUUUGCUUUCUUUCUUGAAGAAUGGGAGGGAGUUGAUAAAAAAAUUAAUGAAAUGAAACCUCGGUUGGAUUCACUGAUAAACAUUAUUGGCACUGUUCCACAGCACAUGGAUGUGGAUUCUGGUCCACUAUUCCAAGAACACAUAUUUAACGUGAUUCAACAAUGGAUUUUGAAGAUAGACAAUGAAAUUAACAAUGGAAACAUUGAACUUCAGCGCCAUAUGGAUGAGUUGCACAUUUCUAUGGUCCAGUGGAUGGUAAAUAUGCUGAUUAUAAUGGUUCCUGACUUUACUGACCAAAACACUCUUCCAAAAUUGGAGAAGGAAAGUGCUGAGAAAUGUAAUAUAAGAGUUAUGCAGUUAGAGCUAGAUGCGACUGCACUGGCAAGAAAGUUGUCCCAGUACUCCACCUAUUUGAACAGUUGUUGUAAAGGGAUGGUAACAGCAAUGGCUCUGACUCAAGCAGCACAGUCACAAAGUAAUCCUGCUAAGGAGCUUCGGGAGCUGGAUAGGAUGAAGAAUGAAUGUUAUGAGUGGAUCAACACAUGUACUCACCUCCUUUCUCAGAUCAAAGGCAGAAAAGUGAAGUUAUUGACAUCUGAAGAAAAAGAGAAACUACUUGAAGAAGAGGAAGUUAGCAAAGACUUCAUUGAACCUGAAAUAGAUAUAGAUAAGCCUUCUAAAGAGGAUGAAGAAGAAAGUGAAGAGACUAAGGAAUCUCAGGAGAGAGUGGAAGAGGAAGAAGAGAAAGCAGAAGAGAUCCCUUCAACAUCUACAGAGAAGGAAGAAGUCAUUCGAUAUAUUGAGGAAGAUGAAAAUGUUUAUUCCAAACCUCUAUCAGUAGAAUAUGUAUUGGCUUCCUGGAAAGAAGAAGCUGAGCAAGGUACAUUGGCUCAAAAGCAUGUUGAAGUAUUGGCUGUAAUUGAACAUAUGCAGGAGAAAUUAAAAGAGGUUGAAAGCAGAGCCAGACAGGCAGAAGAGAAAUUUGAUGAAGUAUAUGAGAAGCUUCAUUACACCCUCAUAAAAAAUAAAGAUCUGGAAGGGGAACUAGAAGAAAUUAUCAAGAUUAGAAAGGAAUCAGAAGACAAACAAGAAAAAUAUGAAAGAGGAAAAGAAGAGAAAGUUAAAGUGGUGGAAAAACAAAAGCAGGAGGGUGAGGAGGAGGAAGAAGAAAUUUAGGCCAAUAGAAAUUUACUCAAAACCUCUAAAGAAAGGUGAGAUUUGCUUUCUCGUUUUGCUUUAUUUAGAUUGUAUUUAUGAAAGAAAACAAGAUUGUGCCACAAAUAUUUUAAAAGAGUAGCAUAUCUUUAGUGCUGAUCCGCUAAUCUAUGCUUCUGAUAGGCUUACACAUAUAUUUCACUAGCUUAUUGGACAACUCACGUAAAGGAAACCAAGUAACUAGAGGUAGUGGACAAAUAAACAUGAAAUACAACAUUUACUUAAAAAACUGGCAAAAGUUUCUUUAAGUGAAAUAAAACUGUUUAUCAUAAGUAACAGCAUAAUUGUUUUAUAAUGUUCUUAUUAGUGUUUUAAAUAUUAUAUGUACAUAAUAGUGGGGUACAUUUUGAUAUAAUCAUACAUUCCUGGAAUAUAAUUUGCUCUAUUUCAGUCCUCUCUAUUCUUUAUCCCUCCACUUGUUCCCUGUCCUCUAUUCCACUGGUCUUUUUUCUAUUUACCUAUUGAUUGUUUAAAGUGGUGCUUUAUAGGUAUACAUAAAAAUGAAAUUCACUGUGUUAUAUUCAUGUAUGU